CAGAGGCUGGCCUUGGGUUUAGCGUUACAGCCCCCCACCCCUCACCAAACUCAAGUUAAAUACUAAAACUUGAGCUUUUGACAGAUAAAUCUCCAGAGACUGCUCUGCCUUGAAACUUGAGCCACGGACAACACAGCAAUGACCGGUGACGCCACAAGACCCGGCGUCCCCUACGGCCACAGCCAAGCCAAGGACCGGCUGUCGACCUCCGAGGAGAAGAUGGAGGAGAGAGGCCAGUGGAGUAACAAGGUAGAGUUUAUCCUGUCGGUCGCUGGCUCCAUCAUCGGGCUGGGCAAUGUGUGGCGCUUCCCGUACCUCUGCUACAAGAACGGAGGAGGUGCGUUCCUCAUCCCCUACCUGAUCUUCCUGUUCACCUGUGGCGUCCCUGUCUUCUUCCUGGAGACAGCUCUGGGCCAGUACACCAGCGAGGGAGGCAUUACAUGCUGGAGAAAAAUCAGCCCUUUGUUUGAAGGUCUAGGCUAUGGCACCCAGGUGAUCGUGACUCUGUUGAACUUCUACUACAUCAUCGUUCUGGCCUGGGGGAUUUUUUACCUGUCCUUCUCCUUCUCACCGGACCUGGCGUGGUCCUCCUGCAACAACACAUGGAACACAGGUGCGGUGAACGGGCCUCACCAUACACGAACGGCCCCUGACACGAUCUUGUUAUGGAUGUCUCCUUUUCUCAUAGACAACUGUGUGGAGUUUCAGAGGAGAAACACGUCGAUCAACGCAGCGGUCGACACAAAUGCCACCUCGCCUGUCAUUGAGUUCUGGGAGCGAAGAGCACUGAGGAUUUCGCCCGGCAUUGACCACAUGGGGUCUCUGAACUGGGACCUGGCCCUGUGUCUGUUCAUCGCUUGGGUCAUGUGCUACUUCUGCAUCUGGAAGGGGGUGAAAUCCACAGGAAAGGUGGUCUACUUCACUGCAACCUUCCCAUAUCUUAUGCUGACUGUGCUGCUGAUCAGAGGGCUCACCCUGCCCGGUGCUGGCAUCGGCAUCCAGUUCUACCUGUACCCUGACCUGGGGCGACUGGCAGACCCACAGGUUUGGAUGGAUGCUGGAACCCAGAUAUUCUUCUCUUACGCCAUCUGUCUGGGGUCACUCACAGCUCUGGGCAGCUACAACAAAUACAACAAUAACUGCUACAGAGACUGCCUGGCACUGUGCUGUCUGAACAGCGGCACCAGCUUUGUGGCAGGCUUUGCAAUAUUCUCCAUCCUUGGUUUCAUGUCAUAUGAACAGAAUGUUCCCAUCUCAGCAGUGGCAGAAUCUGGUCCUGGCCUGGCCUUCAUAGCGUACCCCCGGGCGGUGUCCAUGAUGCCCUUCUCUCCUCUGUGGGCCGCCCUCUUCUUUAUUAUGAUCGUCUUUCUCGGGCUGGAUAGUCAGUUCGUGUGCGUCGAGAGUCUGGUGACAGCGAUAGUCGACAUGUACCCCGCUGUGUUCCGCCGCAAAAACCGCAGGGAGCUCUUCCUGUUGGCUGUGGUCCUCUUCUCCUUCCUCAUGGGCCUCAUCAUGCUGAUGGAGGGGGGCAUGUAUGUCUUCCAGCUGUUCGAUUACUACGCCGCCAGUGGCAUGUGUCUUCUCUUCAUGUCCAUCUUCGAGACCGUCUGCAUUGCGUGGGUCUAUGGUGCUGAUCGUUUUUAUGACAACAUCGAGGACAUGAUCGGCUACCGCCCGGGGCCUUACAUCAAGUACUGUUGGUUGUUCUUCACCCCGGCCACUUGCAUUGGUACUUUUGCCUUCUCCCUCAUCAAAUAUACUCCUCUAAAAUACAACAAUGAGUAUGUGUACCCGUGGUGGGGCUACGUCAUUGGCUGGUUGCUCGCGCUCUCCUCCAUGGUCUGCAUUCCUCUUUGGAUGGUGUACAAAAUCAGCACCACCCAGGGGACACUCCGAGAGGUAAAAACAAUCGUAUCCAGAUGCUCAUCAUUCCAUCUGAUGAUUUACCCAAGACCAAGAGAGAGCAAGAGAGGUUACUGGCCAUCUUCAGUCCUGAGGGAGAAACCACCAUGAGUCGAAAUGGUUACUUUCCUGUCUCUGAGGCAGACUCCAAUGUAUGAUACCCUGGAUGAGUAGUACGCAGGAGCAAUGCGUGGGUUUUGGCUCUGUCUUUGACUUUCCUUCUCCAUUCCAAUGAUUAAUGCAGAAACAGACACAAUAAAUGUCACGCCAUCAUUUUUUGGAAGAUGAGACAGGUGAACCAUAGGCAGUGCCUAUGCAUUUCAGGGAUGGCAGUAAAAUAAUCAAAAUAAACUAAAUAGUUAAUUGCUUACAAGAUCACGUUUAGUUUUGUGGGGGAAGUAUAUUUUCUCUGAAUUUUCACCCCUCUCUGACAGGAAUCUGUUAACACACCGACAUGUUGUUCAGCUAUUCCUUUAAUAGAUUAUGUAAUGUAAUGUAAAGUCCUUCAAUAUUAGCAUAUAGCAUAUUGACAAAAGAUGCUAAAAUGUACACUAUAAAGUAAUGUUAAGUAAUGUUUGAUUUAUAUGCAGUUAUUUUAGAGACAGAUGCACAGGUUGCAAACUUUGACAUUAAUACUACAAAUUUACCAUUGAUAUGACUGAGCAGUGGAUUGUAUGCUUUUACAACUAACGUGCUACUGUAUGUGCAAUGUAGUAUUUGUAUGUAUGUAACAAUGUGACCUUAUGAUUGUGUACAGUUUUAAAUAAACAUUUACAUGUUGUCUUGA